AUGUUGUGUGCGUUGUUGUCCUUCGUGUACGUGAAGAAUCUUGGUGGUGUCACGUGGCGCGCAGACCUCGAGUACCUCAGGUUCGGCUGCAGGUUAAAUAUGACCUCGGAGCACACACGGCUUCCCCAACGACUAGCUGCCUUGAAGAUGUGCUGCCACUGGGAUUACCCUCUUGCACUGGUAGACUUGCCAGAGUCUUUGAAAUUCAUCCAACUGAGCGAUGCUUUCGACCAGCCGCUCGACGAGGUGCGAUUUCCUCCAGGCCUAGCCUAUCUCUACCUUGGCGACAACUUCGACCAGCCUCUGCACGACGUCAAAUGGCCGACCAAUCUGAAGGUGCUCUACUUGGGCGAUUCGUUCGAUCACUCGCUUGGCAUCCAAGAAUGGCCGGUGGGUUUGGAGUCCCUCUUCUUGGGGGGAAACUUCUCGGGGGACAUUGAUAACAUCGUCUGGCCGGACAGCUUGACGACGAUCAAAGUUGGCUGCAUCCCCUGUGAUUUUUACGACAUCAAGUGGCCUUUAGGCGGAGAUUAUUCAGGGAGAGAUUCGAGUCUAGAGUAG